AAGAUGAUGAUGAUGACGACGAGGGUGGUGGUUGUGAGGGUGGACGAGAGCCGGGCGUGUGGGCCGCAGACGCCCGAGCUGGCCUUCGUCGCCGCCUCCCCCGAGAUGCUGGAGGAGUUCCUGGUGGACGUGGCGAAGGAGAAUGAAAACCACCUGCUGAAGCUGCCCCAACACGCCGGCAGCUUCAAAAAGUUAAGAUUAAUAGAAUUUGUUUUCCUUCUCUGUGAACAAUUGGGCCUUCAUCAUGUGACUAGAUACCAAGCAGUGGAAAUAUUAGACAGGUUUAUGAUUCAAUACAUUGAUAAACUUUAUUCAUCUACGUGCCCAGGUUCUGACAAAGACACAGAAAAAAAUGAUUGGACAUUAACACAGAUUACAAUCCAAGAACACUUUGUUCUACGAAUCAUGUCUUGUGUCCAAAUAGCAAGCAAGAUCUCAUUCCAUUAUCAGAUUGUUAAUAAUGAUAUGGCACUUAAAUUUCUUCAGUCUCUUGGUUAUUCAUACAAAAGGGAAGACCUUCUGGAUUCAGAGCUCCUUGUUCUCAAAACUCUAAACUUUCAAGUCAAUGUUCCUACCCCUUUUACUCACACUGAAAUACUAUUAGAAGUGAUGGGUAAGUAUGAAUUUCAUAAUGUGUAUUUGUUUGAUUGUACGUGUGAAAAGUCACUAGAAAUAACAUGUUUUUACAAAGUUAUUAACACAUUCUUUACAUUUAAUUGUUUUGAGCAUAAUUUAAUGUUAUUUUUAGGGUAUAAUGAUCCAUCAGUUCCAGUUAAGUACCUGCACAAUAUUUCUCUGAAGGUGCUGACAUUUGUUUACUUAAUGAGGAACACUAUCUAUGAAAAUUUAUUAAAAAUUGCUAUUGAAAAUUCUACACCGACUGACCUCCAGAGAGCAAAAUUUUUGUCCGUAAAGGAAGAUUGCAUGCUCUUAGCCGUUGGAGUUAUUGGAACAAGUGCUUUCAUACUGAACUAUACACCAUGGUGCAAGGUUGUACAGCAACUUGCCUCGAUUAGUGGUGUAACAGAAGAAAGUAUCUCCGAAUUUUCUCAAGUAAUAUUAAAACAAAUUUUUCCAGGAGCAAGCCAUUUGAAAUAA